AUUCUGAAGUGCAGCAAUAACAUUUGUUUCUGAUGCUUCAAAAACCAGAAGAAAUAAAUCUUAUUGAGGUUACACUGGUGUGGUAUCUCUUGCUGAUUCCAGAUAUGCUGCAUGUCAGACUGAAGUUUGCACUGCACUACUCAAUAAAUAAAUAAAAUAUAUCUGUGUAUAUGCACAAUUUAGUUGAAAUUAGCUGAAAGUAGGCUUUGCCUGUCUUAAUGCCUGUGAAUACACAGGCAGUGAUCCUAAUGUAGUCACAAGCUGUCUCUUUGCUUGGCUGAAGAGUUCCUAUGCAGUUCUUAACCUCUUACUACUAAGAGGAGGGGGAAAAUUUGUGAAGUACUUUGCACUCUGCUGGAGAUGGGAGUGAUGUAGGUGUGUUAAGUACCUGCUUUUGAAUGUUGAAGCUCAGUUUAUCCCUGUAAUCCAAGUCUGACCACAGAAGGAAGUAGGAGAUGGGUGUCUGCAAAACCUCACCUAGAAGAGAGUACAAAUUCCCGCUGAGAGGAAUUCCAGCCCCCAGCGAGCCCAGAUCCUGCUGAAGACAGGAUUAUAGCCUCAGUUUUCUCACCUCAGGGAGCAAUGCUUGGGCCUUAAAGGGCUGUGGAUUCUAAUGCAAUAUAUCUGAUGCAGAGUGUGUUCCCUCACAUACUUCCAAUUUCUUGCCCCUUCCUGUGAAGGUGGCUGGAUAUUGCUCAGCAGAGAUCUCUCUCUUCUGGUCACCCAUACAGCUGAUCUAUAAGAAUUUCUGUUAUUACAUCUUCAUUUCUGUUUGUGCUCUGUGUGUCUGAGUUCUGCACAAAUGGUAGCUGGUGAAUGGGUAGGACCUAGCAGAAGAACAGUGUGUGGCAACAAGGGAAUGCAAAUGCAUUUAAGCAGUUCAGAUUGAAUAAUUGGACAUUCUUUUCUCCAUCAUUUUCCUAUUUUAUUGAAGUAAUAAAAAAAAAUCUGGGUUUUUCAUCCAGAUUUGUCUCAGGCUCAGCGUGCUGUGCUAUGAGGUUUUCUGGGAGAUGAAUGGUUUUGUUCUUUUGUUUUUACUGAAUACAGUGAGGCUUAUGCAGUACAGUGUGUUCUGUGGUGUAACUCACAUCUGUUUUAAUCUCUUCUGAGAUGAAGACAUACUUUCUUAGUCUUCAGUGGGCAGUUUACAGACAUACAUUUUGAAUCACAAUAUUGUGAGCUGCUGAAAAGAUACAUUUGCUUUCACUAAAGGAAACUACUACUAAGGGAAAAAUACUUUUCAUCAGUACGUGUACAACGUUGUCAGUGGUGCUUUCAUACCACGUACAGUCUGUUAUGUUGUCACAUUCAAGGAAAACGGUGUUGAAACAAGGUAGGAGAGCUGCGAUGUGACUCCAUCGAUGAUGGUAGCACACAGGACCUCUUUGUUUUGUCGCUCUGAAAUUAAAGCAUUGCCAGCCAGUCAAAAGCUCUUUAUUUACCACAUGGGUGGUGACUGGCAAGAACGACUGAAAAGACUGAUUAAGCAGUAAAAAGACUGAAAAGGCCGAUUUAGCUAAAUCGGUGCCGUGUUCAAGCAAGAAAAUAUGUCAGCCAGCUCUGUUGUGCGGGGUGUUCUUUUUAAAUCAGCUGGCCUUCGCAGAAACUCAGGUUUUAAAGUUAUCUUCAGGAAAUAGAACCUGGAAACCAAAGGGAGACUAAUAUCAAGUAAUUGGAAGUGGCUUAUUUUCAAUAAAAUGCUUAUGUUUGCUCUUGAGCAUAUUCUGUACUGUUUUACACAAUGCUUUGAAUUCUUAGCAUUUCUUCUGCUGAAGAGGUAGUUUAGACAAGUGGGGCUAAGAUGACAUUUUUCUGAGUUAGAGAUGAAGAUUCUACCAGUGGCAGCAUGUGGAGUCAGGCUGCUUUGUGUAGUUUCUCCAGGCUUGCAGAGUGUGGGCAACAUUAUUCAAGGAUGAUGAGAAAGGCAUUAUUUAAUUACAGGUUAUUGAUCUUUAGCUGCAAAAGAGAGUCCACGCUAAGCACAGCUGACAAAACUAAUAAAACGGAGAUCAGAAGAUCAGUAAGAGAGCAGAAAUCUUGUAACUGAAAAGUGCUUCAGAUGAAAUAGCACAUCAGAAGAUUCACUUGAAUGAAAAGAUCUCAGCUUGAUGCUUGCAUCAGUCCUGCUUUUGUUUAGUGCUGUGCACUACGUGUUUAUUAAGAGGAUGAGAAGAGAUUCCUAAGAAACUGAGAAACAGUCUCACACAUAAGCAGCUACAAAUAAAUUUGUUAAAAAGGAAUAAUACAUCUUGCAAUGCUCUUUUUGGGCAAUAUCGUUUCCAUACCUCAUUUGUAAUUGGGCAACAAUAGAGACUGCUGACUUGUCACUGCAUCCUUCAAGUUUUCCUUCUUUGCUCUGGUUAAACUUGUGGUCUCUCAGCAUGGAAAGGCAACUAUCCCAAAGAGAAUGUAAUUGCUGUGAAAAAAUCCCAUCUGUGAUUUGAAUUUCUUUAAUCUGCACUGUAGCCUUACUGCCCAGCACCCCUGAAUCUGACGUAAUCUAGGUGAAUGUGAUCUGAGCUAUGUGACACGCAUAUAGCUUAUUAUUUUAAAACAGCUGUCAGUGAAGUAGGCUACGGGCUGGUUGUACACUGUGAGACCUUUGGAUACAGCUUUGCUUUUUCAUUGUGGGUUUUCUAUGUCACAAUGCAGUUUUUCUUUGUGUAGCUCCAUCUGACUCUUAAUAGCUCUUCAGAAAAAGCUCCAGGAACUUCUGGUCAGGAGCACCAGGUUGAAAUAAUUUGAGCACUGCAUGGGGCAGCAAACCCUGUACUUUUCAAGGCUCCUUGAAAAAGCUUAUGAAACUGACCUUUCUUUCAUGGGUUCUUUCCCCAUACUUUGCUGGAUAUGUUCUUAGGCUCUGUGUAGUUGACAAAGAAAGAAAACCCUUGAAACUCUUCAACGGAUACUUAAAAGUACCAGAUACAAUUAUUUGUACAUAAGCUAAAGCUGAUCCUGAAGCAUUUUUGAUGUACGUAAGGUAUAAAUGAGAGGAAACUUCAGAAUGAAAGGAAUCCAAUUGUCUUUAUUAGAGAAAAGUGAACCACAAUUACAAGAGAGUUAAAACAUCUUUGAGAAAGUACCUGUACAUUGAGGCCUCUGCAAAAGUACUGAAUAUUGGAAAUUUUGGUGAAAUUUUACUAGGAGCUGCUCUGAACAAAGAGACUUCAGUGUAAAUGUGCUCCUAUAACAGUAAUAGUUUCUUACCAAGGAGAAGGAGCAUCUCUGCAUGGCUUCUGCAAGCAGGGCUGUUUCUCAGCCAAAGGGCGGAAUUAAUGAAAUGAAAGAUGAGAAUCUGCAUUCUGAGGUGUAAUUAGAAGUGGCCUUUCCCCAUCUGUCCUUUCAGCUUCUGUGUGUAUCUGGAAGUCUAAAGAUGAUCAGGGAAGAUCACUUUUUUUCUCUUUUAAAUUCAAAGCUUACUCAGUGCUCUGUAAUACAUUACUGUAUCAUUUGUUUUCAAGCUCUCAGAUAAAACAAAUUUUUAAUGAAAAAAACUUGUAAACUUUGACUAUAGUAAUAUUUUGCUAAGAAUUUUGUAAUGCCAUUUCAGAAAAAAAAUCCCCAUUCUGCACUUUUUAGUGCUCUAUGUAUGUAAUUUGGAAAAGGAAUCUGAGCCAAAUGUAGUGCAGAGAGUGAUAUUUUGAGUGAAGCUUGGCUAGAAGGAAUAUUAAUGUUUGCAAUGAACUAACACCCUUCACGGCAUUUCCUGAAAAACAUCACCAUAAUUUAUCAUUGUUCAGGCCAAAAUAUAGGAAAGCUAAAACUCAGUGUUUUUCAGAGUAAAAAAAAUUGUUUGUGAAAGAUAAAGAUGUGCCCUGACUCUAGAUACCCUGUGGGGAAAAUAAUUAAUGAGUUGCAUUCUAUUAAUUUAGGCUUAUAUCUGUGACUCAAACCACUGAACAUCUAACAUCUUGCAUUUUGACUGUGAAUUAAGUCUACAUUAAAGUAACUUCAGUUGAAAUUGUGGACGUGCUCCAGGCUAGCUCUGCUAAGAAUACCUUGCACUGGGGAGUGAAACCAUGCCUUUUAGAGUUUCUGUGACCUUAUAUUAAUCCAAGGUAACUGUAGCAGAGCUUUUAGUUACAACUAGUCUGUCUGAUUCUGAAUUCUGCUGCAGUAAUCAGCUAGUUUGAGCAUGUCACUGUGUAAGGGAGGUGGUAGGUCUCAAAAGUGCCAAGACUGGGUGCAGGACCAAGUGUUGGCUCAAAAGACAAACUGUUAGGACUGGGCAAGAACAAAAUGCUGGAGAAGCCAUUAGUGUCUCACUAGCAGAAAAUAGCUAUCUGUAGAGCAUUCUUGUUCAUACCCAGCCUGUCUGAUUUUCAGUUUCUGUCGGUAGAAAUUGCAGCUCCAGGAAGACCAGAUUACCUCUUUGUGUGACGUCAGAGAAGUAGCAGAGAGUAGCAGAGAGGUAGCAGUGCAGUUUAUACAUAGUGGUGUAUAUAAGUGAUACAUUUUGUCAUUGAGAUGGAAGGGCUGAUCAUUCGAUCUGCUAUCUCUGAUGCUCUGAGAAACUACUUUGCAGGUUGGGUUGAUGUUACUUUGAAUACAUCACUGUAUACGAAUUCUGGAUGCUAAGUUUAAGAAUUCAAGUACUUGGCAGUGACAUAGAGGUCAGUGCAUGACACUGUGCAGAAUUUGAGAAUGACGGUAUGAGCUGGACUCGGUGUAUUUGGCCUGCUGACCAGUCAUUGGUUCUUGCCAGAAAUGGUGUGAGAUGAAUACUGAUUUACUGUGCUCUUUUGUGCUACUGACAGAAUAUUGCUAGUACUAGGUAUAAAUCCUAAAGUAAAUAAAAUAUAUUUGUCCUUCUCUUCUACUGUAUCAACUAGGUUUUCCAUUGAUCCUCAAGCAUUUUCUUUUUGUAUGGACUCUGGAUCUGUUGAGAGUAGACCCCCUCUCUGAUAGAUGCUGCAGAAACAAACCCACUCCACAUGACUUACCAUCACACCAGUACACAAGAGUUGAUUGUUGCAAUGAAUGGGCACCAACUCUCAAUCCUCCCUCAAAUCCCCAGCAUGCAGCUCUGGACUGCUGCCAAGGGCUGUAGAGAAAACACAUUACUUUGUCUUCAUGGUUGUUCUAGCAGAAUGUGCACUGUCUGAUGGAAAGUGGAACACGAUCAUGUUGCUUUCCAGUGAAAGAUUAUUCGAUUAUUCUGUGGAAGAACUUAAAAGAUACAGACGAUUCAUCUACUGACUAGAAGGAAGAGAUGGAAAGUGAAGGGAGACUUUCUGAACAUGGCAGAAUUCACCCAUAAGCCAGGAAGGACUGUCUUGAGAUAAUAACAAAAGGUUAUUUCAGCAGCAACAACAAGCCGUGAGUGAGCCGUGUUUGUCAGCUGACAGAUCUGUUAUCCAAAUUGGGUUUUCUGUUGCUGUCGCCAUUUUGUGUGCUAUGGGGAGCCCACCAGCCAAGAUGAAGAUUUGUCCCAUCUACAUGCUUUCUGUAAGAAUCAUACAAGCCAGGAACAUCAAGUCAAGAGACCUAUGGGCAGUUCCACUUUCCUGCCAAAACCUUGCGGGGCAUUGUUAUUCACUGCUUGGUACCAGUCUGAAGUAUUUAGGCCUCUCGGGCUGCAGUAGACGUCUUCAGUCAAGUCCAGACUCCAGCUCUGAAAGACAUCAACUUGGAGAUUUCUUUUCACACCGUUGUCAAGCUCCACAAAUGACUGCAUCAGACUGCUAUGUGCGCUUGUGGCUGCCAUCUGCUUCAAAUGAAAAACUUCAGACCAAAACUAUCAAGAAUUCUGACAACCCUGUCUGGAAUGAGACUUUCUACUUUAGGAUCCAGAGAGAAGUUGAGAACAUCUUAGAAUUGGCAGUGUGUGAUGAAGAUCCACUCACCAAAGAUGACAUGCAGUUCACAGUUCUUUUUAAUAUUGCUAGAGUCAGACCCGGAGAGAGAGUCCGUGAGAAGUUUGCUUUGAAAUCAGAGAAAGAGAGGUGCAUUAAGAAAUGGGAAAGUUUGGAAGUGGAAUUCUGGAUGGAAAAAAUGUGAGUAAAAUUCCAAAGCUGAAAGGCAUAUAUCUGCCAGGCAGUGUAAUAAGAAAGCAGAAAUUCAUGCAACUCUUCUUCCCAGUAGUGAGUUAUUGUUUCAAUUUUUUUGUUUGUUUGUUUUAACUUAACUUCCCCAACAAAUUCUGUCUUUUAGUGUAUUGUAUGCAAAUCUUACAUAUGUUUGGUUCUUAUAUCCUGAUCAUUGUAAUGCAGUAACAUUGGCAGGAUUCAAUAACUUGCACAUGAGAUGCAUCCAAGACAUAACACUAUAACAGCUAUUAUCACUAAUUUAAAAAUGCCAUGAACACCAUGAUGUUUCUAAAACACCAGAAAACAAAAUGUAUGUGGAGCGAUGUAGACAGCAUUAGAUAAAUCAUUAGGUGAUAGUUUAGUUAAACUGAAAAAACAUGCAAUCUACAAAUAAUACAGUUACGAUCCCCCCUCUUCAAAGUGAUAAUCAACAUUGUAGGAGAACAAAUUCAGUAAGAGAGGAGAACAAAUUCAAUUCUCUUUUAAAUGCUCUUGGAAGUAAUAUAGUCCAUUUAAAACUGACUAAAUGCAUGAUUAGAACAGGCAGCUGUGAAUGGAAAACAC